CUGUUUCCUGCUCGCCGGUAGUCUCGCGUUGACGUCGAGCUGAUAACAUUGUACUUGAUAUCGAAUAAUGAUCGAUAGCAACAAUGUGUGACAAAGGAUCGCGCCUCGACGGCAAGACGGCCAUCGUGACCGGCGGCAGCUCAGGAUUGGGAUACGAGACGGCGAAAAACCUAGCAUUAAGAGGAGCUACAGUGAUUAUCGCAAGCAGAAACGAAACCAAACUGAUAAGAGCUAGAGACCAAAUACAAAAAAUAACGAACAACAAACUUGUGUCUUACAGAGUGAUCGAUUUAGCCUCCCUAAAAUCUGUGAGAAGCUUUGCAGUCAACACCGUGAACACACAAGAACAGCUCGAUAUACUAAUCAACAACGCUGGAGCCCUUGGAUUACCCGAUAGGGUUACUGAAGAUGGACUCAAUUUAACGAUGCAAGUCAACUACUUCGGUGCGUUCCUACUUACAUAUAUAUUGCUGCCUCUGUUAAAGAACUCAGCACCGAGCCGGAUAAUAAACAGUUCAGCGUCAUCGAUGUACAUCGGACAUAUAGAUUUCGACCAUUGGAACGAUGUCGGAAGGUACAAUUCGAUAGAGGUGCUGGCGAAUUCUAAAUUAGCUGUUGCACUGUUUACUGCGGAAUUGGAUAACCGUUUUCGGGACACUGGUGUCACUGCGUACAGUUUCGACCCAUUCAUUGUUCGGGAUACGGAUAUAUUGAACAACCUUCCUGAAUUGUAUAAGAAUGUAUCGAGAUUGUUUGUGGAUAUGGUCGGACAGCCUAAACAAGGUGUGGGGAAGCAGAUCGCGUCUUUAGCUGCAAACCCUAAUUUGGAGAUGGAAAGCGGUCAACAUUACAAGUUUUGUCGGAAAUGGAUAAACCACUGGUUGGUCAGCGAUCGAGAAUUGACAGAGACCUUGUGGAAUAUAUCAAAAAGUGUGGUGAAUAUUACUCCCGAGGAAGAUUGGGAAUUGAACAGUGUUACAUAAACAGCUUGUAAAGUGGACAUGUUUUUUUAGUUUUUUACAAAAUAAUAAAAAUGUUGGCAUAUUGA